AUGACGGCACACUUCCGACGGUCGUGGUGCAUCGGAGACGGUAUGUUUCUCAUUGACAUCGCCACUCCCACCGCACUUGACUUCUCCACGACCCCCGUCCUGCAUGCUUCCGAAUCUCCUGCUCUCCUGUCCUAUCUUGUCCUGUCCUCCGCUCACAGGGUGGAGCACGACCGAGCCGCGCUGGCGUGGUGCCCGCUGGUCUUGAGUUUGCUGGGCGCAGGCGCGGCGCUGGUGUGUCCCGACGGCGCCGCCUGCCACGACGGAAGCACGUGCUGCGAGGACGUCAUGGGCCGAUACGGGUGCUGCCCCUUGCCCAGCGUGAGUCCACGCUCGCGCCGUGUGCUGCUCCGACGGCCUCCACUGCUGCCCGCGCGGCACCGCGUGCGACCUGCGGCGCGCCACGUGCGCCAACACGACGGCGUCGCUCCCCUGGACGAGGUCGCUUCCUCCCGAGCGGAGCGGGCGAGGGUCGGCCGUGAUGUGCCCGGACCGGCAUUCCGAGUGCCCGGACGCCACCACGUGCUGCCAGCUCCCCGACGGCUCGUGGGGGUGCUGCCCACUGGCCAAGGCGGUGUGCUGCGACGACAAGCGCCACUGCUGUCCCGAGGGAACCGCCUGCGACCUCUCGCGGUCCAUAUGCGUGUCGGCGGGCAGAGACUGGCGAGGCUGGCGACCCCUGGUGGAAAAGCUUCCUGCCGGGCCCGGUCUCGGCGCUCCAGUGACGUGUCCCGACGAGACGACGUGCUGCCAAGUGAGCUCGGGCGCGUACGGCUGCUGCCCCGUGCCCGACGCCACGUGCUGCUCGGACCGCCUCCACUGCUGCCCUCACGGCACCGUGUGCAACUUGGCCGCCGGCACGUGCGACGAGGCCGCGGGCGAACGCCGCGACCCGGAGACCCGCGACGACCCGUCGGGCGCGGCUCCGCCGCUCCCCUGGCUCGCCGAGACGGUCGCCGUGACGACGGUGAACGCACGCGACGAGCGGACCGGCCGCCCGCCGCCGCAGGCAGUGUGCUGCGAGGACGGCUCCCGCCGCCGCCCCGCCGGGCACACGUGCAUCCCCCGCCGCUCGUCCCGCUCCCGAGGACGCCACGUGAUCCCCUGGCUCGCCAAAGCGCCCGCCGCCACGCGCCCGGCGGCCGUCGCCGACGUCAAGUGCGACGACAAGAGCAGCUGCGCGGCGGGCACUACCUGCUGCAAGCUGCCCACCGGGGAGUGGGGGUGCUGCCCGCUCGUCAAGGCUGUGUGCUGCGCUGACCGCGAGCACUGCUGCCCACAGGGGUACUCGUGCAACAUGGAGACGGGCACGUGCGAGAAGAAGACGCACGUGGCGCCGGAGGUCGUGCCCUG